AUGACCACUAACCAAGACGAAUCGAAGGAAGUUGAUGUACCGUCAGCGGAGACAUCAUUAUUAAACUAUACGUUGAAACAACUAGUUGUGAGUAAUGCCCACAUGAUAGCAGAAUGUGAACAAGAAAUGCAAAAGUUCGAAAACCAGACAGAAAAAGGUGACCACGAGGAUUGCGCCGCAUCGAGACCCAUGAAUGUGUUACUGGCGAAAAUGGAUAUGCUAGAACUGGAACGAAGGGAACUGGAAUCGGCUUCAGACGAAACUAACUUAAUUCGACACGUUCUAGCUUACAGGGAGAUUUUAGAAUCAGCAAUACUGCGAACCCAGAUGCGUUAUAAACGACUUCGGGAGGAAAACACUUGGCUUCAGAAUGAAUUGAAACACUUUGAAAUUAAAAGUUCUAAUGAGGCAAACCGAGCGAAACAGUUACGUGAAAAGAUCGCCCAUUUUGCAUUUAUCUAUCAUCAACGUCGUAGUUGGGCGGAUUCGGGAAUUCCCAGUGAGAUGUGUGCCUUACCUAGUGAGUGUGAAGGUGGACAGGAGCCAUGCGCACAAAUUGGUCAAAAGUUAGCGCAAAUGCGAACUCACCUGCCCAAGCUGAAUCGGAUUUCAGCAGACCUCACAGAUUCAAUGGACUCUGAUUGGGAAAACGACAGUUCACAGAAAUCAGAAGAACUAUUGAACCAACAGAUCGAGAACGAAUCACCAGAUAAUCGAGAGAGACCAUCCUCAGGUUUGGCCGAAUUCGGAGAUACAGUUCAGUUUGGAGAACAAACAUCAAGCAGAACCGAUUGGAAUACAUCCAAUAGUGGGAAAAUGACCCUAUCCGAAUUACGUGAAUUGAUGCUGGAAGAUAGUUCAAAGGAGACCAAAAGACUCAGUGAACUUAGCUCCUCGUUACGUCGCCCACGUGGCACGCUGAGUCGUGAUAAAAGCAUCAAACAAGCGGCGGAAUUUUCAGAGGACUUACAACUGAGCGAUUUAGAAAAGGAAACACUGAAGCAGUGCAUGAAAACACUGGAUCCACAAACCCCACACAAUAUGCAACCCAAACUGGAACCGAAUAUCACACUGGAUGAGGUAGUUGAACAGUUCGUUCGAUCGAAGCAGCGGACACAAAAUUUAGCCAUAUUUGUUGACCUGGUUCGCCAAUUCAACCACAAGGAAAUGCGUAGUCCGGGGAUAGGGUUAUGCUGGAUGGCCAUUAAUGGUUUGAGACGCUACGAGAGGGAACUGCGGACUAAUGAAAAUCAGACAAGGCAUAUGUCACCGGGUCACUUAAAACGCAAUCGCAAAGGUGUUUUGGGACUUUUUGAACCAGGAACAUUGGAGGAAGUGGAAUAUCGAAAUGUACUGGAUGAUCUUUGUCGUUUGUUGAGCAUUGUGUCACACUUGUAUCGAUCAAGAAACGAACUAUCCAAAGCAGCUGAAUGUUUGAAAGAUUUACUUAAAAUUCGCAGAUCCACACAUACAUGGAGACAACUGUCAGUCGCACAGGCAUUGAGCAACCUGGCUUGGAUUCAGUCAAGCCUGAAGGAUUGCAACGCAGCCCUAACGAAUGCACGCAAAUCGUUGCAUCUACGUCGAGAUCUGAUUUCAGAUGAAGCGCAACCCCUUGAGCAAAGUGCAGCUGAAUUGUCUGUGGCUAAACAAUCGACCAGUUUGGCUCUGAUGCUGAUGUACAAACAACAGACGGAACAGAAAAAGUUGCGCUAUCAUCGAUUCCCCUUUCGCGAGGUGUCUGAGAUUCCCACACUCUUGAACGAGGCGAUCCGAAUCGGGACUUCAAUUUUGGAAUCAGCGGAAAGUGACGGGAUGCCUUUGAAUAACGAUUGGGAUUGCAGUCUAACGGAGCGCCAAACAUCCACGGUGGGCGAUUGUCGUGGUCGUGAAUCCAAGUUUCACAUGAAUCCAGUGGAAGAAUGUCUACUGAUUACACGGAAUGCACUGAGCGUGUAUUUU